CUUCUCUCUCCCCCUCUUACUCCUGUUUGCUAGUUAAACUUUUUUAUUUUAUUUUAUUUAUUUUUUUAUGUUGGGCUCUGGGCAAGCUGUAAUUGAGCUUUGAAAGGAAAAUAAUAAAAAAAUAAAAUAGAGAGUAGUAGUAGUAAGGCUUUAGCCUCCAAACAACAGGCAAAAAUAACUCUCUCUCUUAUUUCUUUCUCUCUCCUCUCCCCACCACCACCACCUCCACCACCACCCCGCACCUUCCCUCACUCUGUCUCUUUCUUCACCUACAGAUUCUUUUUAUUUUUAUUUAUAUAUAAUAUAUAUAGAGGAAUACAUCAUACAUGCUGGGGACAUCAAACUUGAUAGGAAGCUCCGGUGACGGUGGAACCUCAACACAUGAAGCUGGCGGUGCAGGUGAAACUGAAGGUCUUGUGAGAGCUCCACCAAUUAUGACAACCGGGAUUGGAGUUGGAGAUGAUGAGGAUAAGCUACAAAGCGGUGGCGGUAGUGGCGGUGUUGAUUUAUUUGAGAGUGACCGGAGUACUGGCGGUAAUCGGUGGCCGAGACAAGAAACUAUUGCUUUGCUUAAGAUAAGGUCCGAUAUGGAUGUUGUUUUUCGUGAUUCCUCCCUCAAAGGUCCGUUGUGGGAGGAAGUUUCCAGAAAAAUGGCGGAGCUUGGAUAUCAUCGAAGUUCAAAGAAGUGCAAGGAGAAAUUCGAGAAUGUGUACAAGUACCACAAGAGAACAAAAGACGGGCGGACGGGGAAAGCGGACGGUAAGACAUAUCGAUUUUUCGAACAAUUGGAAGCACUUGAGCAGCACCAUUUGGCAAUGGCAGCGUCUUCGGCGUUACCACCUUUGCCGCAAGCGGUAAGUCAAGUAACACCACGUGGUCAAUCACAAUCACAAUCACAAUCACAAUCACAAUCACAAGCCCCUGCGCAGGCAGCGGUGCCGGUCACGAUGGUAAUACCAGCUGGUACUAAUCCAGCUAAUGUUACUGUUCCAUCAAACCCCCAUCCAAUAAGUGUAGUUCACACCACUUGUAUUAGUCCACAGCCUCACCAACAACAACAAAUGAAUGUUAACCCUACAAAUCAGGCAUCUCAAUUACAAUCAUCACCACAACUGCAGCCGCAGCCGCAGCCACAGCCACAGGUAAUACAACAGCAGCAACGUCUUCAUAAUCUGCAGCAGCAACCAAUGGGAAUGGGUAUCCCUACUCAUGAUUCGAUCCAGAUGGAAAAUCUGUCUUCCCCUUCCCCUUCCGCAACUCAAUCUUCAUCUUCAUCUACCUCAUCGGAUGAAGAGCUAAUGGGGACCAGGAAGAGGAAGAGAAAAUGGAAAGAUUUCUUUGAGAGGUUGAUGAGGGAGGUUAUUGAUAAACAGGAGGAGUUACAGAAGCGCUUCCUUGAUACAGUUGAAAAGCGGGAGCAUGAUAGGUUAGCCAGGGAGGAAGCCUGGAAAUUGCAAGAAAUGGCUCGGAUGAAUCGUGAGCAUGAUAUUCUUCUUCAGGAACGCUCUAUGGCUGCGGCUAAAGAUGCCGCUCUCAUCUCUUUCCUUCAAAAGCUUUCGGACCAGCAGCAAAUUCCGCUGCCCUUGCCAGUCCAAGCCCAAGCCCAAGCCCAAGCCCAAGCCCAAGCCCAAGCCCAAGCCCAACCCCAACCCCAAUCCCAAUCCCAACCCCAAGUUCGUGCUGCUGUACCUACUGUUGUAAGUACCACCCCAACACAACCUCAACAACCACAACCGCCACAAGUUUUGCAACAACCUCAACUGCAACCACAGCCACAAGUUCAUGUUCCUGAAAUUCCAGUAUCAUUGCCAUCGCCAACACCGCAAACCCAACCACUGCCGCAAUCACAGCCACUAACACCGUUGCCCCAACAAUCACCACCGCAACAGCAACAAGCAUUGGUGGUGAUGAACACAAAUAACGGCGAUAGUGGAGACCUUCAGAAGGCGAGCAAUGGAGAUAAUCUCCUUCAGGCAAGUUCAUCAAGAUGGCCAAAAGCAGAAGUCCAAGCGUUAAUCAAUCUGCGAACCAACCUAGAUCAAAAAUACCAAGAGAACGGGCCAAAGGGCCCGCUAUGGGAAGAGAUCUCGUCGGCCAUGCGAAAGCUCGGUUACAACAGAAACUCCAAGAGAUGCAAAGAAAAAUGGGAGAACAUCAACAAGUACUUCAAGAAAGUCAAGGAGAGCAACAAGAAACGACCCGAGGAUUCGAAAACUUGCCCGUACUUCCAUCAAUUAGACGCCCUUUACCGGGCCAGAAACAAAAUGGAAAUCAACCCCACCCCAAUGACAGCCUAUGGACAACCACAACAACCGCAAACGAAACAUGAAGGUAACCUCUCUACAGCAAUGGCACCGAUCAUGGCGCAACCGGAACAACAAUGGCCAGCUCCGGAUCAGACAAUGGAGGAUCAAGGUAGUGAAAAUCAAGACGACAGUGAAGAUGAUAUGGACGAAGAAGAUGAUGAUGAUCAAGGCAGUGGGUAUGAAAUUGUGGCGAAUAAUAAUGUUAAUGCAGGUUCAAUGAGCACCACAACCACCGCCACCAGAACAGCAACAACAGCUGAGUGAGUGAGGGAACACAAGGCAAGAGGAGUGGAGAGAGGAGAGAGGAGAGAGGAGAGAGAAAAUCAAUAUCAAAAUUAAACUUUGGGACAGGUUGUUGGAAAGCAUGAAAAUAUGGGGAUUUUUUCACCUUUUUUUUUUGAUAAUUUUCUUUUGGAAUGAGCUUUGGAUCAAGAGAUCAAAGAGGGGGAAAAAAAUUAUACAUAAAUGUUGUUUAUGGGUGUUAGUGACACUUGAGUUGAUAAUCUUUAUCAUGUAAUAUCCAAGUGGGUCAGAUCACAGAAGAAAGCAGACGUCGACGGGAAGUGAAACAGGUUCGGGUCAGAUCUCGGAACGGUUCGGGCCAGAGCAAUUGUCAAAAGGGCAAGAAACUCAGGAAGAAUACCGUGUAAGCUAUUAUUUGGGGGUUGGGGGGUGGGGGGGACAAGUAAUAUUUUUUUUGUUCUUUGUUUUUUGUUUAAAUUUUGAUAAUUUAUUUAUUGUUUUGCUAAAUAAAUAAAAUGGUGAGGAGAGGGAAAAAUAGAGUGAUAGAUUUGUAUGUGGGGAUAAAAAAAGGGUAUAUGGGUAAAAAACAGGAAUUUCAUGGAAUAAAGAGUCUAUUAGAGAGUACUCGUUGGUGUUUUUGUUUUAAUUUUAUUUUCAGCAUGUUCAAUUUUUUGGUGAUUAAAUUGGUGGGGGUGUAAAAAAAAUGUAAUCCUAGUUAAAUUUUCGGGUACUUUUAUGUUAUUCUGAAAUGAACUAAAUUGUUAUACACAAGUUUCUUUUCAUUCUUUUA